GUGGGCGGCUUCGCCCCGCCUCCCGGAGCUUCGGCGUGGCGGCGGCAGCGGUGGCUCACGCAGUAGCACCACGCGGGGUUCGCAGCGGGCCGCACUCACCGAGGCGGAGCGAGGGACUCGGGAAAGUUUUUGCCUGGAAAAAGAAAAGAGAACUACACAUUUCCUCCUGUAGUGCCAAGUUUUGAAAUAAGCAGUACAGAAUUCUCAAGUAGUCCAUUCAUGAUCUAUGCACAGGCAUAUUCUCUGAAGAUAGUGCCAUUUGACCCUCUUUUUCUUGGAUUUUGGAUCAUUUGCUACAUAAUGACAAGCAUGGAUCUUGAUAGCUCUGAACAAGAUCCUGAAAUGAAGGAAUAUUCUUCUGUCUGUGUUGGCAGAGAAGAUGACAUUAAAAAGUCUGAAAGAAUGACAGCUGUUGUCCAUGAUAGAGAAGUGGUCAUUUUCUACCACAAAGGAGAAUAUCACGCUAUGGAUAUUCGCUGUUACCACUCAGGAGGGCCUUUACAUUUGGGAGAAAUAGAGGAUUUUGAUGGACGACCGUGUAUAGUUUGCCCCUGGCAUAAAUACAAAAUUACUUUGGCAACAGGAGAAGGACUAUAUCAGUCUAUAAACCCUAAAGAUCCAUCAGCAAAACCCAAGUGGUGUUCCAAAGGAGUAAAGCAAAGGAUUCAUACAGUGACAGUGGACAAUGGGAAUAUUUAUGUGACUCUUUCUAAAGCAUCUUUUAAACAUGACUCUGACUUUUAUGCCACUGGAGACUUCAAAGUAAUUAAGAGUUCCUCCUGAUAAAAUUACAUGGCAAUGAAAAGUGUUGUGUAUGUUUUGAAAAUAACCUUGCUUCAGUACAAAAGAUGAUUAAUUUAUUGUUUAUCUUUUAAAAUCAUGUAAAUUUGAGAGGUUCAAAAGCACGUGUACUGAGUAUGAUGUAAGGAUUAUCAUCAGGAUCUAUAAAAUACAUUUCACCCAUUCCUCUGGAUUGAUUGGAACCUGAAGGUUAUAGGUCUGGUAUGUGCAUUUUAAGAAGGAUGAAAAUUAUUUGACGUGACUAACGUGAAAAAAAGGUAAAAAAAUAAGAUCUAAGAAAAAUUUGUGGGGAAAAUCACAAUUUAAUGUAGCAGAUCUUAUCAUGGAAGUUUUAAUAUAUACAAAGUAAACAGAAUAGUAUAAUAAACUCUCAUCACCCAACUUUACCAAUUACCAGUAUUGUUCCAUUCUUGUUUCAUUGAUACCUCCAUGCAUUCCCCAUCUCUCCUAUUUGAGUAUUAUUACUUUUUUUGGUAAAAAUUAAAUACGUUGAAAUGCU